AUGCAUUCUAUCAAUAAAAAUUCGUAUUUACACAAUUAUCUCGAGGAUAUUAAUCCAAGAUUAAUCAAUAGAUGCGUGGAAAAAGCUAUGGGAUAUAAGAUAAUAGACGAACACGACUUGGAACCACCUUUUAAUCGCUUGAUAUCCGAACAGCCCAACAUACCUGUUAAAAAUUUAGAUCUGAUUCAUAGACCUAUCGGUUUCGGACGAUACGCCAUGCCUAAACUGAGACGCGAGCUGCAUAACAAAGAUCCGACGGUAGUGAUAGCGGCUAUUGAAAGCAUUUCAGAAUUGGUCGUCGAUUCUUCGAGAGCUUAUGAGGCUCUUGAAUUAAGAAUAGUGGAGAGAAUGACUCAUUUAUUGGUUGACGAAAAUCCCGCUAUUCGAGAGAGGUGCGCGAGAGCGUUGACUAUUUUAGCGAUAUUAGCUGAUGCUAAGAAAAAAAUAGUCGCCAAUAAGAUACUAUUGAAUAAUAUUUCGGUGUGUUCUGAAGAUCCUUAUGAAGAAGUUCGACUACACGUAGCCGAGUUGUUGGAGAGACUUUCAGAAUUUUGGUUGACUGCCGAUAGUCUAGUGGAAUUCGGUUUUAUUCAAAUUAUUCUGCACAUCUUGCAGUCUAGCGAAGAAAAAUAUAUCAUGCUAAUACACUUAAGAACAUUAAGAUGUAUGUUAUACGGCAUACAGGGUAAAAUGAUAGCAUUAGAAUAUUCCGGAUAUCAUAUAUUGAUGUCCUUUUUGAAUGACGAAAAUUCGGAAGUUUUGGCGGCAGCUUUAGAAUGCACAGCACUUUUGACAUCUACUUGUAUUGGAGAGAAAUUAGCGAGGGAAUCUAAUCUUUUGAAUACGUUAGAUAAACUUUUACAAGAUGAGUCGGUAGAAGUGUAUACACAAGCUGCGCAUUGCAUUAUGUUUUGUACAGUGAAAGGUACUGGUAAAAUUAUGGCUAGUAAAUAUCCCAGAAUGGUGCAUAGAUUAAUAGAGUUGUGCCAAAAUAAAGAAAAUUUGUCGACGCAAAUAUUUGGUUUAUCAGCACUUAAGAAUAUUUGCGAACAUCCAGCAGUAAGAAAACGAGUUAAUGCAGAAUAUCGAAGAGAAAUCGGCAUGAUUCAAAUUGGGGCCGAUCCUUGUAUCCAAGCUUAUAAAGAUGCUUUGUUGACCGUCAUAUCUUGGUCCCCUGACUCGGCAAGUUGAAAUUUCUUAUUUCCAAACAUCAAUUUUGUCAAAAUAUAUGGAAAUAUAUAUAUUUUUUAAAUAGUAAUAUUUUAUUUAU